UGGCCAAACUCUGAGCUGCCAAAUCCCUUCUUAUGUCAGUUGUCCCCCCUCAAAAUAGCUUAAAAUAACUUGCUGUCAUCUUGUAAGAUUUUGGAUUGACGUGGGAAGCACUGAAAGCUGCCGACUUGGUGUUGUCACAGCAGCAAACUCCCGAACAAAAGGACGCCUCAGUUACAGUAUUUACUGUAGAGAUGUGUGGUGGAGCAGCAGGAUUAUGGUGAUGUUCCUGGAGGACCGGUGGACGCCGCAUUGAGAGCCACAGUCUUCAAUGACAAGUCACCCUGCUCGGUUUGCGCGCAGCUCCACACAGAUUAAGGACACACAUACACACACCCGCCUCCUCAGAAACGGCUCUCGGUUGGUCCAUCAGUCGGUCAGUCUUUAUCCUUCCCUGGCUCGCUCUGGUGAUGGUGUGUGUGUGAGUCCAGACUGGAGCGUUUUGAAACUACAAUGACGACGACAGGGAGGACGACGGAAGAGGGUCGCAAACACAUGACCGCUAUCACAGAGAGCGCGGUUUGGUGAUUUCUACGCGGAACAUUAAACUUCUUGAGGCCAUUAAACGGCGGCUAUUUUCGGAUUUUUUCCCCCCCACUGGAUGUUUCUCGCUGCCUAUAAAUGGAGGUGCCUCCGAGGGAAAAACUGAGUUGAGGUCUUUCACGCUGUGUGUGGGACGCUGAACGGGACCGUGGUGUUGCGUAAAGGCGCCGCGCUGCCAGUUUUGGAGAGUUGGGAAGCCGGAGUGCUGCCUCUCAGGAUAGGAUGAACAACUCAAAGAAUCAAAGGGACAGUGACAUUCAGAAGAAGAUUGACCAUGAGAUCCGGAUGCGCGAUGGAGCCUGCAAACUGCUGGCCGCCUGCUCCCAACGAGACCAGGCUUUGGAGGCGGCAAAGAGCCUCCAGACCUGCAGCACUCGCAUCAUGGCCUACAUGUCGGAGCUGCAGAGGAUGAAGGAAGCGCAGGUCAUGCAGAAGGUCACACGCAGAUCAUCGGAUGCAGGGCCGAUGGACGACAGACUCCCAUGCAAAGGAAAAGUGGCCAUCUCAGAUCUCCGGAUCCCUCUCAUGUGGAAAGACACAGAGUACUUCAAGAACAAAGGAGAGCUUCAUCGGUGUGCAGUGUUCUGCCUGCUGCAGCUGGGAGGAGAGAUCUUUGACACAGACAUGGUGAUAGUGGACCGGACACUCACCGAUAUUUGCUUUGACAACACCAUCGUAUUUAGCGAAGCCAGUCCAGGUUUUGAGCUGCGUGUUGAGCUGUACAGCUGCUGCUCAGAGGACGACUACUCUGCAGGAAGCACACCGAGGAAACUAGCCAGCAAGCUGAGCUCCUCACUUGGGCGAUCAGCGGGCAAGAAGCUCCGGGCCGCCAUGGAGCCUGGACCGUGUAGUCCUGUUAGCAACGGAGGGGCAGCCCCCCUCCUGCUGCCGGUUCCUUCUGUACCGGGCCCUAAGUACCACCUCUUAGCUCAUACCACCCUGUCGCUGUCACACGUCCAGGACAGCUUUCGCACGCAUGACCUCACCAUUUCAGGCAACGAAGAGUGUUCGUACUGGCUGCCGCUCUAUGGCAGCAUGUGCUGCCGCCUCGCAGCGCAGCCUCACUGUAUGACCCAACAGAUGAUGAGCGGAUGUUUGAAAGUUAAGCAGUGUGGAGGUGACCCCCAGACUUGGACAAAAGUAUACGCUGUUCUAAAAGGAACAAGCCUUUUCUGUUACCACCGGCAAGAAGACGUGGAGGCGAACAUCGAGCCAGCUUUUACCAUUGGCAUCAACAAGGAGACCAGAAUACGUGCAUCAGAGAAAGACCCUCACAGUAAAGUUCAGAAUAUCUGUAUCAGUAAUCAGUACGGAGGGGAGGCGGUCACCCACACGUUGACCACUGACAGCCGCGAGGACACACAUUCCUGGAUGGAGGCCUUUUGGCAACACUUCUAUGAUAUGAGCCAAUGGAAGCAAUGCUGUGAUGACUUAAUGAAAAUUGAACUUCCAUCACCAAGGAAACCGGCUCCUGUCACACCGAAACAGGGCUCUCUUUACCAUGAAAUGGUUAUUGAGUCAUCUGACGACCUGAGCAGCACUGUGUCGGACAUCUUGGCUCGGAGGAUGCAGGAGCUGGAGCUCCGCAGCCAACUGGGCACCUCUCCCACCUGGAUGUCUGUGUUUGAGGAGAACAAUGCCAAAUGCGCUGGCCGUACUCGUCACUGUACUUCUCGCCUGUCUGGCCACAGCCCCUGCACCCCUCAUCGACUGCCCCGGAGUCCCGCCAGCCCUCACCGCUGCCCACAGCUGGGUCUACUGUCCUCCGAUGCCAGUCUGACCUCAGACAGCGACAGCCACUGUAGCACCAGUCCCUGCUCUCACCACCAUGGCUGGCCUGAGCCUUCUUCAAACUUCUCUCUCUUGUCAUCCUCCCCGUCCCGCCUGAGGCCUCGCACUCUAUCGCUGGAUGCUAAGCUCAGCACCCUUCGAGGGAGGGGAUACGGAGGAGGAGGGGCCUUCCAGUGCCCAUGCCAGCCUCCUCCCUCGUCGCUGCUCGCCCCUCUCCCCAUCUCCUCUCGUUCUCCUCGGACACAGCACAGCACACAGACCACGCUCUCCUGCUCCAGCUCCACCUCCAGCAACAGCUCCAGCAACAGUGAGGGCAGCCACAGCCCAGAGUCAUCUGAGGGAGUCCCCUUCUCCAGGCCCUCCCCAGCUCGACGCAGCCUCAGGAACCUCAGGGCCAGACUUGAUCCUCGCACCUGGCUCCAAAGUCAGGUGUGAACUUGUUUCCUGACAGACGCUUUGUGCUCGCCUAAAGGCAGCAGUGCUUAUUAAACUGUGGUUUAACAGGCUUAACACAUGUGAACCAAACUCAGGCAAAUCUGCUAAGCUACAUGCACAGUCCCGAGGAGGAUGCCUCUGGCCAGCCUCCUGGUGGAGAACGGAUCAUGGAAGCCCCUCCUGGGACAAAUUGGAAUGUCCUCUAACACAAAAGACAAGUGACAAUCACUGCAGGAGUCUCUGUAAGUUGCUGAGUUGCCACAAUUUUGAACUAAAUUAAAUGGAAGGUACUCUGCUUGCUUUGAGAAAUGAUGAUCAUGCUGCUUGGGAGAAAGUGAAGCUAAAGACUUGCUCAGAUACAUGCCAUACUAAGCCUACUCUCUGUCUUUGGAAAUCUAAUUUUAAAACUGGAAAAGGUUUUAUUUUGUCCUCUGCAUCAGCCACUCAAAUAUCCUUUCAAGGUCAUCUCUGUUAAUGCACUAGCCCUAUUUUGACUGGAUGUUUCCUGUUAUGUUACAAAGGUUUGCGGUGUUUAUGCUAUGGAAGCCAGUGAGCAUGAGGCAAAAAUGAACAUGCAAGAUAAGCAAAGGUUUAUUAAGUCACAAGUUUUCAAAUGUUAGAAACUGUUAUGUGUGGAGGGAAGGGUUGAUGUUUGUUGCCUGUACUGUGAUACCUGCUUCAUUGUACUUACCAGACUAUUCACACAAUACCUGAUCUUUGUGGGUCUCCUAAAAUGACUAUGCACCGUUUUGUUUGUAUGCAUGAUUUGACUUACUUGAGGUCAUUUCAGCAGUGAAUCUGGUGAAAGCUUAGCCUAAUGCAAGUGCUCAUACUUACUGUACUGGUUACAACUGUGAUCUCUUCAGGGUAAAUUUCUGUGCUCUGCUCUUUACUUUUACAUGUUUAUCUGCACACUCCUGACAGGCUGCUGUCAGAUCCAGGUAAUAGAUCCUCAUUAACAUAGGACAAAUCCUGAAUAAACUGAUAUUAACCAAAGUUUAAGUAUUAUUGAAAGUCCAAGCCAUACCUAAAAUCUGCUAUACAGCAUCUUUGCAGUAUUGUUGGUUUUCAUUGUGUAGUGAUCCUAUAGAAAGUCCAAUAAAAUACAGAACAGCCACUAAACUAUUAUUAUGCAACCCAGAAAGACAUCUUGGAAUUGGUUUUAUGGUGGUUGUGGAAAUAUUUCGAUAUAAUUGAGUACUGAUAUGGCACUCUAGUCAACCAGAAGUUAAAUAAUUUAUUUACACUGCUGUUUUUUUUUAAUAUAAAUUAUGUUACUUGUUGCCAUUUAGCCAACUCUAUCAGAAGAAAACAGGAUCAAAUCUUAUAGGAGAAACGGUGUCCCUUGUCAGUGCAGUACAGCCUCUUUUUUUCUGUCUUUGUUUAUUGUGGUCUUUGGAAACAGUUGCCCUCUUGGAACUCAAGCGACCAUUUUUACUUAGAUAUGUCAAAUGCUUCGAAAAACAGCAUUUGUUACUGUAAAUUAAUUUUUAUAAGUUAACAAAUAAACCUCCUCUUUUUGUCUUUUGUUACAUUAUUUUGUUUAAAAAUGCAGCUGUACUGAUACCUGAUUCUCAUGUUGUUAACAGAUGAUGUGCAGAUCAUUAACUGUUCCGAAUAGAUAACAUUGAAUGUUAUAACCUUGCCAGAGUUUUCCGUGUUAGCAGGCUUUGUGUUCUGCAUGUGCGCCAUCCUAGGAGGCGAACAAAAGACGAGAAAUGUGGAAAUCUCGUUUAAAUAAUAUAACAUUAAUUAUAAUAAAUGUUUUAUCAAAUAA